AUGCGGAGGCGUGUCGGAACGCCUCCUGUGGACUUGCGCUUGGACGGCGAGGGUCUGGAGCUGAAGCGGCUGUGGGUAGACGACGCGGAGUUGGAGGGGGGCCCCCAGGGGGCCCCCCCCUCCACAGAGGGCGGCGUCAAGGAGGGCAGCCCAAGGUUCAGCUUGGAUGAGGAGGGAGCCCUCUACAUCCCCUCUUCGGUGCUGCCUGCAGAGGCGAACAAGCCUUUCGAAGUCAAGAGCGAAGUGAGGCUUGAGGCGGACAAGACACGCUUUCCCACCCUCCUGAGCAACGGCAACAAGAUCGAGGAAAGUGUCGUUGAGGGAGCUCCCGAUAGGCACUAUGCGGUAUUCGAAGAUCCCCACAACAAGCCUUGCUACCUCUUUGCGCUGGUAGCGGGGCCUCUCGCCUCCGUCAAAGACACUUUCACCACCAAGGUGAGCAGAAGAAAGCCCUUACUUAGACUGCUCAACAACAGCUUCACAG